AAUUUUCGUUAAACCUGUCGUUAGUAAUUGUUAUUGUACGUGUGAGUAAUUUUGUUUAAAUAAAAUGGCCCACCUUUCUGUCAUACCUGGAGGUCCGCGUCCUGGAUUAACCAUCAGAGUCAGAGGACAAGCUCAUCCUACUGGGGAUAGAUUUAUUGUAGAUUUGCAGAAUGGUCCAGACCCCUCACCAAGAGAUAUUCCUUUUCACAUUUCAGUUAGGUUAAAUCAAGGAUAUGUUGCUCGAAACACCCUCAGGCAUGGAAACUGGGACGCAGAAAUCGGAGAAGGUAGCCUCCCUAUUCUCAAAGGACAGCCCUUUGACAUCAGUAUAACAGUGGAACCUCACCGUUAUAUUGUCUACAUAAAUGGUCAGUAUUUCUGCGAGUACCCCCAUAGAUUACCUUUUGAUCAAGUGUCACAUAUCUAUGUUCAUGGUGACUGCUCAGUCCAUGGCGUAACUUUUGAAAAUUACGGUCCAGGUCACCAUCACCACCAUCCUCCACCUCAUCAUGGGCCUCCUCACGGUGGUCCACAACCACAUUUCACUAAUUUUUAGGAAAAACAACUCUUUUUAUAACUACCUCAUGUGACAAUGUUUUUUUUUAAUUUGUAUACCGAAAAAAUAAAAGAUCAAUAUAACUUGCAAAUAGGUUA